AAAUCAUUCCCUAUAAUCGAGUACCAACUUAUUUUCGAGUGAAAAGUGAUGGAAAAAUAUUAUUUAUGAGAGGAAAAUCGGAAGAAAAACUAAAUCACAUCCUUCCUCCAAAAGUCGCUCACUCAAUUGUUGCGUUCAUCCAUUUACGAGGCGAUUGCGCGACAUUCAAGUUUGAGCAGCAGUCGCAUGGCAACCGUACCGUAAAAUUUGUUUCUCAUGGGAUUUCCAUUCUAUUCCGCGCGGUGACAAAUUCUCGCUCUUGUCAAUAAGUAAGAAUGCAUAAAAUUCCGGUAGGACAGUGUGCUCUAAUCGGGUUCUGAAUCAUGGAGGACGGCGAUAAGAGACAAGAAAAUGUGACAGAAGCAACGGAAGACGCAAGGGAAAGAGAUUCCGACCAACCGAUAUCGAGAUCUUCUUCCGAUCUUAAUUUCAAGCAAACUCAGAAAAGCGACAGAAGAAGAGCAUCUCGCUCGCGAUCGAGAAGCAAGCCUCUGCAAAGGAAGCAACGGAAAAGUGCGAACGCUUUCCGGAAUUUUAUGCAAGAUUUUAAAAAGUUACAGGAUUACAACAAAUUGAAGAGCCAGGAUCUGUUCCGGCUCGGGGGACAAACAUGGCGACGAAUGUCAUCCGUGGAGAAGAUGCCCUAUGUAGAGACGGCUAAUCAAGUGAAACAACAAACGCAACAGAAUGGCAAGAACGAACGGCAAAAUAAGCCAACCGGCGGCGAGUCCUCCAAGAAACCCGAUCAAAAUCAAAAAGAUCAGAAGAGGAAGGAACAGGAGAGAAAGCAUUCGAAUGAUUCCAACACCGAUUCAGAUUCGAUAGCUUCCGAAACAGAUGCGACCAGUGAGGAUGUUUCGGAUCUAAGUUCUUAAACGCGAUGAGCGUUAAUAAACACAUCGAUCACGUAAACUAGCCAAAUUUAAUUCGUAAAAUCCACCUUCAAUCCUGGAUUGUCCUGGACAUUUCGAAUAAAGUCUCACCGUGUAUAAUCUAUGAGAAAAAAAAUUGCAACACUUUUUUUUUCUCGCAACGUAUCUCAUACAUUUAAUUCAAGGUGAAUGUCCUAAUUAGUGGUAAGGUAAGUUCAUCGUGAAAAUAAAUUAAUAAAUUAUUAUAACGAUAUAAAAUACGUAAGGUUGAUUUUGUUCGAAAGAUCGUAUCACUUUCUUCUC